AUGGCGGCGCCUGUGGUAUGUGUGCCUAUGAAGCUGGAUGCUUUUGUGCUGAAUCCUGCACUAUGCGCCCCUCUCCCCGCGGCCACUGUUGCGCCCAUCACACAGCCAAACUACACCUUUCUGCGGCUCAAUCAGAACGACAUUCAGUCCGACCUGCUCAAUCAUGUCGAUCUUCAUGCUGCUACGGACAAGACCACCAAUCCGCGUGUUUAUGAUCUGGGCACGGGAGCUCCCAUCAAGGGGCGCAUUGGCGUCUACCUACACUGGUCGCUCCCUCGCUUCUAUCGUACUGGCGUCUCUGCAAUGGGAGACAUGUCAGACGCCGGUCGUAAAAAGGCUGAAGCGGAGCGGCGAAGCCAGGCAGGCUUCAGCAACGUGCCCGACACUGACUUUGACCCUAACGUUCCAGACUUCCGCCCCGUUCCAAACCGCUGGCUGAUUGUGCGGCGUCUUUUCUUGGAUUCUGUCAUUCCUGCAACAGCUCGUGACACAAUUGGGGAAUUCAAGGCCUGGAUAAUCGAGAGCGAUCGCCUUGACGACAUCGACAGCAUCCCAAAAGAUGUAGACAUCGAAGUAGAGUAUGCGCCGUACAUGACAGGCGAUGGUACGAGUCUCGCAGGCCAGGCCGAAAAUUUCAUUGGCCUCAAGCUAGACGCGAUUGACAGCACUGGAAAAUUGUGGGCGGAUAUGUCCAACGAAGGCAGCGUCGCAAGAGUACCGUUGUCGGUGUUGAACUCGUCCAACCCAUUAUUCGCCGAUUACACGCCGCACAACGCGAAUGUCUUCUCCAUGCUCGAUCCAUUCGAGUAUAACGAUGGCACCCAAACGCCAGCUAAGCUCGAUUCAGCCACCGCAAGCUACUAUGUGAUCGGCUGGCAUUCGAGUGGUCGAGUGGCAGGCGACCCUUUCACAAUCCCGCCGGACCCUACCCACCCCGCUAGUCAACCCACUCGAGGCACAAGAGUGGAUGGCUGCAAUAUGAAGUUUCCCGACGGCACCGCCGGCCUCAAAGACUGGCUCGAUUCCUCCGAUUCUUGCCGUACACUCUGCCACGGCAGCAUGUAUGGCGUUCGGUUUUCGGCAUCCGACAAGCCAGCCAACUCACCAGCGGACAAAGCGGCAUCGCUGCUGGCGAAUACUUCCCCCGUUACAGUCGGGACCACACCUCUGGACACGAUUCUUGGCUUUGUAGACGCGCACAUCGAUGAUGGAGAGUUCGCCGCUGAUAAGGAUGCCUUUCAGAAAUUGCAGAAGCUGGAACAGCUGUUGCUAAAGCAAGAAGAAACCGUCGACGCGCAGUUUGAGGCCUCGGAUAUGCUCUCGGACCAUAAUUUCAUCGCUAGCGCAGACUCAGAUAGCCAUUGGUAUCUGUCAGGCCAAAAUACCGACGGUCAGCCGACAAAGCCAACUCAGACACAGCUCACUGCGCUCGCGGAGCUGAACCAAUACCAAGAAGCAAUGGACCAAGCUGUAAGGGAGCUACGUCAAGAGAGGUGGAAUCUGUGGGCACAGUGGUGGACAUACUUUAGCUUUGAGCAAGAUCAACAAAAGGAUGACGCAGUCAAGGCAAAGGUGAGAAUCUCAAGUACUUUCACGCACUACGAGCGGCGACAAUGGCGUUUAGCAUUUACUGAUCCUCUCAAAGGUCUGGGCCCGAUCGCAGAAUAUUGCGGCUUUAGCCCAGCAGAUCAGUGCUUGGAAUGUUCAUAUUAA